UCUGUCCUUCUCCCACCUCCCAGCGCCUCCGCCAUGCCCCAGGUUCUGCUCUUCCUCCCUCUCCUCAUCCUCAGCCAUGCCAUGGCUGCGUCCAUCAUCAGCCCCGGGCUGGCUGGUGGUGACCGGGCGCUGCUGGCGGAGCUGGCGGGGCUGGCAGAGCCCAUCCCGCCGCGGCCACCGGGGCUACCGUGCCAAAGCCUUCAUCCUCAUCACCUCCCCGGCUUCUCCCGGCUGCCAGCGCUGCCCCGCGGGCUGGCCCGUGCUGCCCUGACCUUGGCACUGCUCAAAGCCGGCUGUGCCCCCCAGGCUGAGGCCGAGACGCUGGAGCUGGCACGGGAUGUGGGCACCGCCACGGCCGCGGCGCUGCUGCGGGGGCUGGCGCGGGUACCGGGCACCCCAACCCCGCGGCCGCUGGCGCUGCUGCUGCUCCGGCUGGCGCUGAGCCCGGGGGGCUCUGCCUGUGCGGAUCCCCCCGUGCCAGGCACGGAGCCGCCUCUGAGCCGGGACAGCGCGGAGCCCACGCCAGCCCCGAGCCGGGAAAACCGGGAAUUGCCGCGGGUCCAACCGUGCGGCGGCGCCGUGCGGCGGCACCGGCGGGAGGAUGAGGAUGCCUGCAGCCCGGCGGGGGAACGGGAAGCGCACCGGGUGCUGGACUGGGUACCGGGAGUCAGCAUCUUCUACAACCUCGGCACCAGCGUCUACUUCGCCUUCCAGGGCUGUGAAGCCACGGCGUCCACUCGAGCGCUGGAAGCCGCCGAGGAUUUGGGUUAUGCCGGGCUGGCGGCGCUCACCGGCGGUUUGGGGGGUCCGGUGGCCAUGGGGGUGCAGCUGGGGCUGCAGCCGGGCCUCAAGGCCGGUGUGAGGGCGCUCAUCGGGUAUUUCACCUCGGCCGGGGAGCCCUCGCCGGUGCCCACCGCGCACAGCGGCGCCGUGGUCAUCGUCUGAAUGAAUAAAGGGCACG